AUGGCGCGCUCAAAGCAACCGGCCAUCAAGCGCGAAGCGUCGUCCGAGUUCUUUAACAAGACGACCGCAACAUGGGAAGAUAGCGACAAAUCGCAAAAGAUCGCUUCCAAUGGGAGCGUUGUAAAAAAGGCAGUUGAUGCUGCCCCAGCUCUCGCGCCGGACGCCGGGGUCUUGCAGCUUGUUAUCGCGGUUGCGGGUAUCUAUGCUUCAUUCCUCACUUGGGCAUAUCUUCAAGAAAAGCUCACCACCAAACCCUAUGGUCCUGUCGACGCCCCGGAAGUCUGGCACUUCCCCGUCUUUCUCAACACCAUUCAGUCCAUCUUCGCCGCAAUCGUAGGCGCUGUCUACCUCUACGCUUCGACUCCCAGCAAUGCCCCUGUGCCUCCCGUCAUUCCAUCGCGUCGUAUCCUUGCACCUCUCGCCCUCGUCGCCGUUACCAGCAGUCUCGCUAGUCCUUUCGGUUAUGCGUCGCUGGCGCAUAUCGACUACAUCACCUUCCUUCUCGCAAAGAGCUGCAAGCUGCUACCUGUCAUGUUCCUCCACAUCACCGUAUUCCGCCGCCGCUAUCCUCUGUACAAGUACCUCGUUGUUGCGGCUGUGACCCUCGGCGUGGCCGUCUUUACUCUCCACUCUGGAAAGAAGAAGGGCAGCAAGGUUCGCCCCGAUGACGCGAGCACAUCGUGGGGUCUUUUGCUACUCGGCAUCAACCUUCUGUUCGACGGCUUGACAAACAGUACUCAGGAUCACAUCUUUCAACAUUCCGCCCUUACUCUGGACCUCAGAUGAUGUGCGCCCAACACAUUAUGAGCACAAUCGUUACGGGCGCUUACUUGGUCAUCAGCCCCUGGUUGGUCGCUACAGGUCUCGGAGAGUGGUUCGGCAUGGACGUUGCUGGCAACGCCGGUGAGCUCACAGCUGCUCUGGACUUUAUGGCUCGGUACCCGGCUGUCUGGAAGGACGUCCUUGGUUUCGCUGCGUGCGGUGCCGUUGGCCAGGUCUUCAUCUUCUACACCCUUUCCACUUUCUCGUCAGUACUUCUCGUCACUGUGACGGUGACUCGAAAGAUGUUCACCAUGAUUCUGUCAGUACUCGCUUUCGGUCAUCGCCUCACUCAAAUGCAGUGGCUCGGCGUUGCGCUUGUCUUUGGCGGCAUUGGUGUUGAGGCUGGAAUUGCGCGACAGGAGAAGAUGAACAAGGAGGCUGCCAAGAAGGCCCAGCAAAGUGGGAAGAAGGAGCUGUAG